AUGGUGGUGAUCUCUGACGGCCUUAACAUGACGGGCCCUGUUGAUUCUGGCUCCACAGCGGAGUUGCAGCUCGAGUCCCUCGAGUUGGACAUCAAGGCGCUCCAGCACGAGAGAGAGGAAGAUCGCAAGGAGUUCCAGCAGUUUCAGGUGUUUGUGAACAGAAAUUUUGCAACGAUGCAGAAAAACUUCGAGAAAAUUCAGGACAAUUUCAGGCGUCUGUUGUUAGAUCCCGAGCCAGCACAGGCAGAUCAAGUUGAGGAGGGCCAAGGCAGUGUUCAAUUGAAGGACAACCAGAUCAAUUCGCCUCAUGUAGCUCCAGGCAGACCCAAGCAGCUCCAAAUUCCUACACCACCAUCGGUGGCAAUGCCUGACAAAGGCGCACCUUUGCCAAUCGGAACAUCAACACUGAGAGAUCAUAAUGGCAAGGAACUGCAGUUGGAUGGUACACCUAAGGUACCUUACAGACACCCGAACUAUGGGCAAGCAAGGGAAACAACAGCAAACAAUGCAGUGCAGCUCGAUGACAUACCUGAAGAAGAAGCAGCGGACAACAUCUAUAGAAGGAGACCAAACACCCCAGUGGAGGGUCGAAGAAAUAUCCUUACGGUAAAACCAGCUAAGCUCAAUAUCUCUGAAUUUGAGGGCCAUGAUCCUGAGUCUUGGAUUCAGAAUCUGGACCAGUAUUUUGCUGCAGCAAGAACCCCUAUCGAGCGUAGAACAGAACUGGCUAUAUCUUACCUCAAAGGUCCCGCUGUUCAAUGGUGGAGGGGAACUGGAUUUGCUCCAAGCAAUGUUCCAUGGCAUAAAUUUUGCUCCUAUUUGUCUGAUAGAUUUUCUGUGGAUUCGGCCUGCGAUAUUGUCAGUUCCUUCCAUGCCGCACAACAAACUACUACUGUUACUGCCUAUGUAGAACAGUUUGAGCAGUUAAUGAAUACCAUGAGAAGAGAAAACCCAGGAAUUCCAGAUGAUUACUAUGUUUCCAGUUUUGUGUCUGGCUUAAAUCCAUAUAUUAAAAGUCAUGUGGAGUGCUUGAAACCUAAAGACAUGCAAACAACAGUCUGGUAUGCUAGGAGAAUGGAAAAAGCACAACCUCUCACUCCUCUUGUGCAAGCUAAGCCUUAUAUGCCUCAGCCCAGAAGACAAGUUAUCUUUGAGCAGUCCAAGACCCCUGUUCCUUUAGCCACACCUAACAGGAACACUGUUAUCCAGCAAGCAAAGCAAAAUCAAGUGUGUUACAAAUGCAGAGAACCUUGGGUGCCUGGUCACAGGCAGGUUUGCAAAAUGAGCCAGAGAGCUCAGAUACAGGCGCUACAGGUGCAAGACAAUGAAAACCCUGAAACAAUUUUUGUAACAGACUUUGAUGACCCUGACCUGGAAACAAAUGAGCAGCUAUCUGAUGAAACUGUGCUAAAAGUGUCAAUGCAUGCUGCCAUGGGCAUAGGAGCAGGCAGAAACACUUUUGUAUUAACAGUAAAAGUUGGAAAUGCAGUUGCCACAGCCUUGGUGGACAGUGGCAGUACAUCAACUUCCAUAGCCCCUGAAAUGGCCAGUAAGUUACCAGUUGCACCUACCCCAACACCAAAAAUCAAAGUAGUGGUUGCAAGUGGAGGAAUAUUAUGGACUGAGUUCCAGGCAAAGAAUUGCCCCUAUGAAAUUCAGGGUCAUCACUUUUCUGAUAGUUUCAGAGUCUUGAAAUUGAAGGGAUAUGACAUGAUUUUGGGAGUGGAUUGGCUCAGGAAGUAUAGUCCAGUUCAAAUGGAUUUUAUUAAAAUGGAGAUGAAAAUCUCUGACAGUACUGGGCAGUUUUUAACAUUUGUGGAUGAAACUGUACCUAUCACUCCUGUGAUUGAGGCAAAGGAUAACACUGAAAAGCUGUUAGAACAGGCUGUGUGUGGAUUUUUUCUCUUUACUACUACUGGUCUGGAGUUAACAGCAGAUAACCAAGAAAUCCCUGCAGAGUUACAGCCUUUGUUAGACCAGUAUGAGAAACUGUUCCAGGAACCUACUGAGCUACCCCCAAGCAGGCCUUGUGACCACAUAAUUCCUUUAAUAGAAGGGGCUAAAGUUGUGAAUCAAAGGCCUUACAGAAUUCCUCACCACCAAAAGGAAAUAUUGGAGAAAAUAAUUAGGGAACUCUUGAAAAAUGGAGUAAUCACACCUAGCACUAGUCCAUUCUCCUCUCCUGUGUUGUUGGUGAAGAAGAAAGAUGGUUCUUGGAGACUCUGUACUGAUUACAGAAAAUUGAAUGCAAUUACUAUUAAAAACAAAUAUCCCAUACCAGUUAUUGAAGAUCUUUUGGACCAACUCAAGGGGGCAAAGAUUUUCUCCAAAAUUGAUCUCAGAAAUGGGUACCAUCAAAUCAGAAUGGCUGAAGAAGAUAUACCUAAAACUGCAUUCACCACUCACAUGGGAUUGUUUGAAUUUUUAGUUAUGUCCUUUGGACAAACUAAUGGCCCUCCUACUUUCCAGGCCCUCAUGAACUUCUUGUUGGGCUAUCUCAAGUUUGUUGUGGUUUUCUUUGACGACAUACUAGUGUUCAGUUCCUCUAUGGAAGAGCAUAAGAGCCACUUAAAACAAGUGUUUGAAAUACUGCAAGCAAAUAAACUGCAUGCAAAAAUAGAGAAAUGUUCAUUUGGUAAACAGGAGGUUGAGUAUUUGGGCCAUGUCAUUAACUCAGAAGGAGUGUCUACUGACCCAUCUAAAAUACAAGCUAUCAAAGAGUGGCCAGCCCCUACUACAGUGACUGAGUUGAGAAGUUUCUUGGGGCUCAGUGGCUAUUACAGAAGAUUCAUUCAGGGAUAUGGAGUAAUUUGCAGGCCCCUGUUUGAUUACUUAAAGAAAGAGGGUUUUAAUUGGAGAGAGGAACAACAACAAGCAUUUGAAGCUUUGAAACAUAAGCUUACAAACUCUCCUGUCUUAGCCCUCCCAGAUUUUUCUAAACCUUUUAUUCUGGAAACAGAUGCUUGUGGGUAUGGAUUGGGGGCUGUCUUGAUGCAAGAGGGAAGGCCUAUAUCUUACUUCAGCAAGAGUAUUGGUCCUAAAGCAGCUGCUAUGAGCACAUAUGACAAGGAAGCCUUGGCUAUCAUUGAGGCUGUUAAGAAAUGGAAGCACUACUUCCUAGCAACUGCCCUUGUUAUCAGAACUGAUCAAGAGAGUUUAAAAUAUAUUCAGGAGCAGAAAAUCACUGAAGGCAUUCAGCACAAAUUAUUGCUCAAGCUGCUGGGCUUUAAUUUCUCAAUUGAGUACAAAAAGGGAAAGGAAAAUAAGGCCGCAGAUGCCUUAUCCAGAGUGAAGCACAUGAUUUCUUCAUUAACUGCUACUGCUGUUACUCCCACUUGGGUGAAGGAAGUAAUAAGCAAUUACAAAAGAGAUGAUAAAAUUAAGGAACUCAUUGCUGAGUGCACUGUGGACAAAACCAGCACCAAUGCUUAUUCAUUCAAGCAUGGUAUACUUAGGUUUAACAACAAGAUUGUCAUUGGAUCAGCUACUAACCUCAGGCAGGAAAUCCUCCAAACAUUUCACAACUAUGAGUUAGGAGGCCAUUCUGGGGAAAGAGCAACUUACCAGAGAGUGAAGCUGAUUUUCCAUUGGCAGGGCCUAAAACAAGAUGUGGUGACUUUUGUGAAAGCAUGCCCUGUUUGCCAGUUGAACAAGGCUGAGCACACUCCCUAUCCUGGAUUACUAGAACCUUUACCUGUGCCAGAUUUUGCUUGGGCACAUGUAAGCAUGGACUUUGUGGAGGGAUUGCCAAAAUCAGAAAACAAAGAUUUGAUUCUGGUAGUGGUUGAUAGAUUUACUAAGUAUUCCCACUUCAUUGCUAUGAAACAUCCCAUAACAGUGCAGUCUGUAGCAAGAGCAUUCUCUGACAAUGUGUUCAGCCAGUUAAAGAAGCACAUUGGAACAACAGUCAUUCCUUCUCCUAUCCUACCACUUAUUGGUCCUGAUGGCAUUAUCAAGAUAGAACCUGAAGCAGUUCUGGAGAGAGCAUUAAUUCCUAGGAAGCAGGGGAGUAUCAGUAUUCCAGUGGUCAGGUGGCUAGUCAAAUGGUCAAACCUUCCAGUGGAGGACGCUACUUGGGAGGAUUCAGCAUUUAUCCAGAAGGUUUUUCCUGCUUUCAGAGCUUGA